UGAAAAGUUGUAUCGUAAACAAGGAUUUCAGAACAAGAAGUUAGGCGUGGCAAAACUACCCAAAAUUGGCUAUUUGCAGGAGGAAAUCAUCUUAAUCGUGCCACUGCUGCAUAAAGGAGCACUCCUUGUCAUAAUGAAUCUUCCCCGAUGACAUCACAAUGGCCUCAUAAAUAGACAGUGCCCUCUACCAGCCAUGGUGGAGCUAAAGGUCUGGGUGGACGGGUUCCCGCGAGUGGUGUGCGGGAUCAACGAAUUCACGACCUGCCAGGAAGUAGUCGUUGCUCUGGCCCAGUCGACGGGUCAGGUCGGGCGCUUCAACCUCUUCGAGAAAUCUCCAAAGACAGAGCGUAUCCUGCACCCGCAGGAGAGCCCUUACCGUGCCUUAGAGAAAUGGGGUCCCAUGUCCAAGAACGUCCGCUACUACCUCCAACGGAAAGGAACAACGCCGUUUAGUCAGACGCCGCACAGCAGUAGGCCGUCCUCCGUGACGAGCCUCAACCUGUCUAGUCCUGAAGAGCGCUUCAUGACCUUGGCUGAUUUCAGUGUUGACGGUGAUGAUGACUAUUUGAGAGUGGCGGCGUAUCAGGGGUCGACGAGUGGGGGCGGGAAGCAUGGUGCCUUCCAAAGACUAGAGCUAGAAAGACACGCCCAGCUGAGGAAGGAGGAAGAAGAACGGAGGAUGCAGGAGGAGGAGAGGAAUAGGGAGAUGGAGAGAGAUCAAGGUGUUGAGAAGAUGAAGGAGAUUGAAAGGGAGAGAUUUAUGGACCAUAAUAGAGAGAUAGGACGGCAGCAUGCGUUAGCCAUCGAGAAGGAACAACAAAGGAAGAGAGAGAGGUGGAAGGAGGAGGCAAAGGUGAGAGGGGUGGAGGAGGGGGUGAAGAUAAGGGAAAUUGAACGUUUGAAAGAUGCAGAGAAACAAAGAGAACUUGAACAACAGAGGCAACAGUACCUGAGAGAGCAGGAAGAAAAGGAACGUAAGAUUCGACAUUUGGAGGAGAUGAUGAGAGAAAAGGAUAGACAGAAGGAGGAUGAGAAGAAGAAUGAACUUGAGAGAUUGCAAGAGAGGCAAAGAGAAGAACAGAGGGCUAAGGAGGAGGAGAUAGCACAAUUGAAAGAAGAGGCGAAGAGGAAAGAGUUGGAACGUCAGAAGGAAGAAGAGAAGAGGAAAGAAGCAGAGAAGAAAAAAGAGGCGGAAAGAAUAGCAGCCUUGGAGCGCGAGAAGGAGUGGGAGGCUGAGAGGAAUAGGUUACAAAGAGAAGCAAAAGCUUUUGAAGAACAGAAGAAGAUGGAAGAAGGAAAGAGGAAGGAAUUGGAAAAGCAGAGAGAGGAGGAUAGGCAAAGAGAAGUGCAGAAGGAAGAGGAGCGAAAGCUAGAGAUAGAAAGAGUUCGGAGAGAAACUGAGAUAAGGGAAGAGGAGCGUAUAGCGGAGCACGAGAUUGCACGUCAAAUAGAAAUACAGAAGCAGAGAGAUAUAGCAAGAGAAAAGAGGAAAAUAGAAGAGGUAUUAAGGAAAAAAGAGAUUGAGCAUCAAAAAGCACUCCAAAGACAUAAAGAUGAAGAACUUAAAAGAGAAAAGUUAAGACUUCAGGAAGCGGAAUGGGAGAAAGUCAGGAUGGCAGAGAAGGAGAGACAGACGGUGGUACAAAGGCAGAAGGAGGAGCGCGAGAAUGAACAACAAAAACAGGAGGAGAUAGAAAAGGAGAAAAAGAGACUUGAAGAAGAAUUAAAGAAGAGAGAGAAUGAAAGGCUCAAGGCCUUGGAGCUUGAGAAGGCUAGGUUAGCGGAGGUCGCCAGGAGAACGGAGGAAGAGCGACUGAAGGAGAUCGAGAGACAGAAGGAGUUGGAGAUUCUAAGGGCGGAGGAGCUGCAGAAGAAGGAGAAGGCAAGAAGGGAGCGCAUCGAGAUGGAGAAGGUCAAAAUUUUGGAGGCCAGAAGACAGAAAGAAGUCGCCAGGAAAAAAGACGAAGAUCAGAAGCGACAGAAGGAGAAGGAGAAGAUCAACGAGCUGAACCAGAUUGUUAGCGUGCAACAGGAGCGGAUUGAGACGCAGAUAUCACAACUCACCAACAUCGAGGAGGCCUGUCUGUCCCUUCAGAUGUUUGAGCUGGAUCCGGAGUUUGACCAGAUCGAGGAUAAGAUCAUCGAGUUUGAGCAGGCGGUCAAGAAGAACAGGAGCGCUCUCAAGGAGAUGGAAUUCUGGGAGAACGAGCUGGAGAUCGAGCAGCAGCUGUGCGAGAGACUCAUGAAGGAGGUGAAAACGUUGAAGGCGAAGGUACACGAAUGUCAGAAACAGACGGAGGUCAAACAAGCGGAGAUAGAGGAGAUAGAUGAAAGGAUACGGAAUGAGGAAGAGAGGAUCGAAAGAGAGGGAGAUGAGCAAGCAAAACAAGAUCUUCAUGCUGUCCAGGUUGAACUGACGGUGUUCCAGAAGGAGCUCGAAGGCUACGCAGACAGUCUCCAAGAAGUCAACGAGGACAUCCAGGAAGUGGAGAGACUCCUAGAGAAGAAGCAAAAGGAGAUUAAGAAGCUCGACAAGGAGAUUAAGGAAGAAGAAGAGAGGAAAAGACAGGAAGAAGAAAGGAAGAGAGAAGAAGAAGAGAGGUUGAGAGCAGAAGAAGAAAGGAAAUUUGUUGAAGAGGAAAGGCAGAGAGCGGAAGAAGAAAAUAAGAGAGUCGAAGAGGAGAGGAAGAAAAAAGAAGACCAACAGAAAAAGAGAGCGAAGGAAGAAAGGAGGAGAUUGGAAGAAGAAAGGAGAGUGGAGGAAGAAAGAAAGAAAGAAGAAAUGAAGAAGGCAGAAGAAGAACGGAAGAGAGCAGAGGAUGAGAGGAAGGAAGAGGAGAACAAGGUAGCAGAAGAGAAGAGAAAGGAGGCGGCUCAGAAGGAGAAAGAGGAUCAAGAGAAGGAUGGAGAGAAGAAGAAACUUGGAGAACUCAUCAAAAAUCCAACUCCUGGAAACAAUCCUGCGCGUAAGAUGCUCAAAAGCCCUAGAGACCUCUUCAAGCAAGCACCGAGCUCGGACAACCCUGAAGGCGUCUUCGUUUAAAGCCCCUCUGCACUACUUAUAGCUACUUGCGCCCUCUAUAUAGCAAACAAUGCCUAAUCGGUGCCUGUUGGUCCUCCAUGAUCCUCUUUUUCUUAUGGUCAUUGAGAGCUGAUUUGAUGAGAUAACCACCUGUCAGUGACCUUGCAGGGCGGUCUAAUCCCCCUGGCCAAACUAGUGCAGACUGGCUUUAAACACCCCUGCUAUCAGAAUGGAACAACCCACCUUUUGUACGAUGCUUCCAGCUCAUUUGGCUAGAUGACACCCCCAUUAUUAGAAUGGAUUGAUCCGUCUGUCGUAGGUUGCCCUCAGCUCAUUUGGUUAGAUGGCACCCCUAUUAUCAGAAUAGAACAACCCACCUUUUUGUAGGAUGCUUCCAGCUCAUCUGGCUAGAUGACACGCCUAUUGUUAGAAUGGAUUGAUCCACCUGUUGCAAGAUGCUUCCAGCUCAUUUGGCUAGAUAACACCCCUAUUAUCAGAAUGGAUUUAUCCACCUGUUGCAGGUUGCCUCCAGCCUAUUGGUUAGAUAGUAGUGGUGAUUAUUUUACCUUACUGCUAAGACGACACCCCUAUUAUCAGAAUGGACCUUUCCUCCAGUUGGCCGGUAAUCGGGUCAAUAUAAGGGGGGUCCAUAUUUUUUUGGUGUCGGGAAUCAUUUUUAUCUAAUCAGGAAAAAAGAAUGUUCAUUCCACACAGAAAUGAGCCUUAUUUAUGGUAUCUGUUUGUAGAUGGAAUGCAUGUUGCCGAAUGACCAUGUAAACUUAAAGCAGAUGCAUUAAAUUUCAAGAAUUAUAUUUAAAUUUUUGUAUAAAUAAGCUGCAUAUGUUAUAGACCAUAGGGACUGCUGAGAGCCAGAAGGGUGUUAUUCUUGGAUUGCUGUCCUCCAAAAGAUUCUGUGAUGGAAUAUAAAUUGUCCUAUCAACCCAUACUGUACAUAUAGCAGUGCAGUAUCUCCUUUUAGAGAGGUUUUUGCAUUAUCUUUUGAUGUACAAUGCUAGGAUUUACACAUUAUACAUGAGCAGAAAAAGCAAAAAUCACAGAAAAAGUUUAGUCUAAGCUGUUGACGAAUACGGUAAGAAUGAUUUAAUUGUAACUUAUCAUCGAAAUUACUAAAUUGGCAACACGUAAAAUAUUAAAUCACUAUUUUUGUGUACAAAUUGGCAAUUUUGCAGUUUAAUAUUACAAUUUACAUUUACAUUGGUUAUAUUAAAAUGCAAACUUUUUUUCAAACUAUGUACAGGUAGGAGUGUAAAAUUAGAAUAAUUGUUGCCAAUUUGACGAGAAAAACUGAUGAAUUUAGAAAUCUUUGAACUGCUAUGAGUUAAAACACAGAGUUAUUACUCCCUUUUGCUUCUCAGUAUGUAAUAUAUAUCUUUGUGACAAGGCUUUAGUUCUUGAUGCGAAACUCAGAAGAACAAGUGAAAUCUUGCCAUGUUUUAUGUCAAAAUGUUUAAGAAAAAUGCUAUAUGAAUGCAUUUGAUUAUUAGACAAAUGCAUUGAAUGAAUUUGGGUUGCUUGCACAUGAGGCAGUAAAUUACCUUCCAAAAACUUGGCCUUUGAAAGUAAUAUACCGUAAUAAUCCUAGAUUCCUAUCACUCUUUUUUCCUUCUCCUUUCUCACAGCACAAGCAUGUGCUGUAUAAGAGAUUCAAAAUUUUGCUUCGAGUGAUUCCAAAUUUGUAUUCAUGAGAUUUCAGAUGUUUGCAGUGUAAAAUUAGUAGGUUUGGCUUGCAAUAAAAUAUGGUUAAGCCUACAUCAUUACUGGUACUUCUUUGUACCAUGUGUCAACAUUGCUAUUGAGUAGCAUCCAAGUGGUUUUAUUUCACCAUAAGGGCUUUUCAGUGAAGUGAUUCACUGCGUCAUGUGCAAACAUCACACAGCAUUGAAUACCUACAUGUACAUGUAUGUAUAGAUAAAUGUAUUUAUGGUGUGGUAUACAAUAUUCAUGUAAAAUUUAUUAGCUUAGCAGUAUCGGUGCAUGGGAUAUUAUAUAUUAUUAUCUUAUAUUUUGGGGAAGAGGGACAUAAGAUUUACAUGUAUGUUAUGAAUUUCCUUGUCAUUUUAUUUUUAAUGAUUAUAUUGUUUGAAGAUCAAAUUUAGUACUUUGACAAUCGAUUCAGAUGUAUUACAACUUUGAAAGGAGUUUGAUAUUCCAGGUAAAGAAAAAGCAACUGUUCAUGUAAGUAGUGAGAUAUGUUAUUUUAAGUGUGCAAAGAAUUUUGAGGACUUCCAAUCGAUCUGGAUCAAUUGCGGCUAUUUGAUCUGGUUGGAAUUAGUGCUUUAUAUGUGGUUCUUCAAGAGAAAAAUACCGUAUGAUGGUUCUGACUGUUACUUAAGGCAAACCAGAUUGUCCAUUGCGAGUACUUAAUUUCAAAGUCAGCCAUUCAUGACAUGUACUGUAGCUGUAGGCCUAUACAUGAGCCAUCCCAUGUUUGUCAAGGAAUGUUUUGAUUUUGUAUCACUUUAUUGUCAAUCUUCAAUAAAGAACCAGUAUAAACAUAAAAGAAUUGCAGUCAGAGACAUAUAAUAAGAAUAUUUACUGUAAUUUGUAAAACUCAUGAAAACGUAAUCAUUGUGAAGUACAUGUAUAACACAUAUGCAGGGGAUGUAUUAUUGAUGGACCAAAUUAAAUAUGUACAACUGUACAUGUACAUAUAUACUUUGAACCCACCACACAUUGUACAAUCUCCUGCGAUCCGAUUUUCAAAAAAUGGCAAAUCUACAGUGUAUUAGAUACAUACUGGUAAACAUUAUCUUCGUAAGUUAGGUUCUAGAUCAUAAGAAUACUAACACUUUGAAUUUGAUUGCAUGUAAGGUUUCUAGUCAGAAUAAAAGCCGAAUCAGGUUCAAAUCGUAGACUAUCACACGACUCAUCUGGGCUCAUUUCACAAAACUUGUCAUGAGUGACAAAUGACAGUUUUUGUUAUAAGCUACUGAAAUCCUUGUUUCUGAUUGGUGAUCAGCAGAUUUGUCACUGAUUUUUGUCAUUUGUCAUUGAAAAAAAGGCUUUGUGAAACGGGUCCCUGAUGUUAUUGUGAUUCUGAGCCAAUUUAGGUUUUCCAUCUUCAAGGAAGUUUGAAAUCCAUUAAAUUUAGAUUUCAUUAAUCAUAAGACUAUUUAGAUCCUCGAUCAUUCACAUUUGAAUCAUUUGAAUGUUUAUAUGAAAUGCUA